UAGUAUUAAAUGGAGAAGGAUGUUAAAUGAUUAUUCACAGAAUUCUACUUUACAUGGACUUAGAUAUGCUGGUGAUAAUAAACUUAGUGCAAGCGAAAGGAGUUUUUGGAUAAUAUCCUUUGGUUUAGCUGUUAUAACAGCAAUUUACUUUAUAGCAAACUUGGUUCAUAAAUGGCAAGAUAUGCCCGUAAUCAUCAGUCUAUCUCCAAAAGCAACUCAACUUACAAGCAUACCAUUUCCUGCGAUAACAAUAUGCAAUAUGAACAAUGCAAGAAAAUCGGUCGCUCGAAAUAUUUUAGAAAACUCUUCUAAACUCAAAGCAGAUAUUGAUCGUCGUUUAUUAAGUGAUUUUUGUGAUGAAGAUACACAAUCAAUGGAUUCUUCUAUGGACAAUUUCACUGGUGAUUGGGAUUCAUUAAAAAAAUUUAUGAUUAGAGUAUCUCAGCCUUGUCAUGAAAUGAUAAUAUCUUGUCUAUGGGCAAAUAACCCUAAAGAUUGUUCAGAACUAUUUAACCCUUCAUUAACAGAUGAAGGUAUCUGUUGUUCUUUUAAUAAAGUUAAGUCAGAUUACAUAUUUCGGAACCCAAAAGAUAUAUCUUAUUUAAAUGUUACCUUUCCAAAUCCGUCUGCAAAUUGGACCCCUGAAAACGGGUACCCACCAAAUACACCAGCUGAAUUUAUACCUUGGAGACCCUGGGGUGCAGGUAAUCAUCUAGGAUUAACUCUUGUUUUGGAUGCUGAAAUAGAGGAAUAUUACUGUUCAUCAGAAGUCAGCUAUGGAUUUAAAAUAAUGUUACAUAGUCCAGUAGAAACUCCAAAAAUAUCAUCAUUUGGAAGUUUUGUAUCUCCAGGUAGAGAGACCUCAAUAGAAAUUCACCCUACCGUAGGAAUGGCUACACCAGCAUUAGCUAAUAUAGAAAAAGAAAAACGUCAAUGUGUAUAUUCAGCCGAAAAACAAUUGAGGUUCUAUAGAACUUAUACUCAACGGAACUGUAUAAUGGAAUGUGAAGCAAAUUUCACUCUAAUGUUUUGCCAAUGUGCCAUGUAUUACAUGCCAAAAGACAACUACUCUAGAAUUUGUGGGAAAAAAGAUGAAGAAUGUUCCGAUAAAGCUAAAUUGGCAAUGGAACUACGUUAUAGUUCAGCCUUAAUGAAUAUGAAUAAAUUAUUAAAUGGGACACAUUUACCAAAUUGUACUUGCUUACCGGGGUGCCAUUGGAUUGGAUACAAUAAAGUGCAAUCAUCUUCUCCAUUGGCAAACAGUUAUAAAAUUAAACAAACAUUUCUAGUUGGCAGAAAUUCUGCAUAUUUCAAAAAAAAUAUGGCAGUGAUUCAUUUUUUCUUUGAAGAAACACAGUUUACUGGAUUUACCAAAGGAGAGUUGUUCGGAUUCACUGAAUUUUUAUCUAACACAGGAGGACUUUUAGGUUUAUUCAUGGGUUUUAGUUUCCUCAGUGCAAUUGAAGUAAUAUAUUUCAUUUCAUUGCGUUUAUGGUGUGCAAUGUCCAAAAAAAAAAAAAAAUAACAGAUGGACCAAAUCAUCAAAACUAAGAAUAUUCUCUUCUUAUUAUUUUUACUUUUUUGGACAGUUUAAAUUAUUAUUAUCACAACCUUUUUUUAUCCCUAUCACUUAUA